GCUGCCUCCUGCUCCAUCUCUGCAGUCACUGUGUUUGAGUGGAGGGGGAAAGCAGAGUGUGAGCUGGUGUCCCUUUGCAUGCAUUCACAUCAGCAUCGUUCCAGAGAAUCCUCUGCUGCCACAGCUCAAGUCAUCUCGGGAGGCGGCUGCACGGAGCAGAUCGAGGAAUGGGAAGACAAACGGGCUUGUUCAGUGGGAAGUUCCUCAACAGCAUCCACACUGUGCAAUGAUUGACGUCCACUGGGUCCCUCAGCACUGGGAGCUACACCAGGUUUCCAUCCUCAGACACCAAUAGCAGCAGACAGCUUGCAUCGGGAAAAUGCUCUGAUUCAGGGCGGGGUUGUGACUGACCACAGACAUGAAGACAAUCUAAACGGACUGGAAUCGUAAAACCGGACCCUGCGGUAUCCCGCCGGCUUUUGACCCAAAUUUUCUAGCCACUGUUUUCUGGCCUGUAUUUCCUGGCUUUGAAGGAUGGGUAAUGGGUCUGUGACUGCUCCUGCCUGCCUGCUUCAUCCCGCCCUCCAAUGGAGCCGACGUGGAACUCCUCCCGCCCACCUCCUCCACUGCUCCUCGCCAACAUGUCUGCCUCCUUUCUGCCUGAGGGCUGGGCCUUGCCCCAGUCCCUAGCACUGCUGGCCAUGCUGCUCAUGGAUCUGCUGGCUGUGGUGGGCAACACGGCCGUCAUGGCGGUCAUCGCCAAGGCCCCGCAGCUUCACAAGUUUGCCUUUGUGUUCCACCUGUGCGUGGUGGACCUGCUGGCGGCCCUGGUGCUGAUGCCCCUCGGCAUGCUCUCGGGCCGAGCCUUCUUCGGGGAGGCCCUGUGCCAGAGCUACCUCUUUCUCAGUGUGUGCCUGGUUAGCGCCGCCAUCCUCUCUAUCUCCGUCAUCAACGUGGAGCGUUACUACUACGUCAUACACCCGAUGCGCUAUGAAGUGAAAAUGACCGUCGGCCUGGUGGCGUCGGUGCUCGUGGGCAUAUGGGUCAACGCCCUGGCUAUGUCGGCUCUGCCGCUCCUCGCUUGGUUUUUUCAAGGUGGGAGAACUCCUCUCCUGGAGAGCGGUGGGGUCGGGGGAGGAGGCGGAGGUGGAGGAGGCGGCGGAGGAGGAGGAGGAGGAGGAGGUGGGGCGGUCCCCUCUCCACCCGCCCACGGUCACAGGCGCUGCUCGCUGCAUUGGACAGGGGGAGGCUCCAACCGCUUGGCCUUCAUGGCCCUGUUUACUUUAGUGUAUUUCCUGUGUCCACUACUGGUCAUCCUGGUUGUGUACUGCAACAUGUUCAAAGUGGCCCGGGUGGCCGCCAUGCACCACGGGCCUCUGCCCACCUGGAUGGACACGCCGCGACGCCAGCGGUCAGAGUCCCUCAGCAGCCGUUCCACAAUGGUGACCAGCUCCGGGACGGGGACGGGGACAGGCAGAGCCACCCCGCAGCGUCCCUUUGGGGGAGGCAAGGCGGCAGCGGUGCUGGCGGCAGUCGGCGGGCAGUUCCUGUGUUGCUGGCUGCCCUACUUUACUUUCCACCUGUAUUCGGCACUGUCCGCCAGCCCCCCGGCCACGCUGGCCUCUCUGGAGGAGGCGGUCACCUGGAUCGGUUACUUCUGCUUCACCUCCAAUCCCUUCUUCUACGGCUGUCUCAACAGACAGAUCCGGGACGAGCUCGGCAAGCACCUGCCUUGUCUGUUUCGUCGAGCCGGUGUUGAAAUGGAGGAGAGACUGCCGAGCCGCGAAGGAUCCAUAGAGGAGAACUUCCUCCAGUUUCUUCAGGGCACCGGCUGCAACACGGAUCCUCAAAACUCUCACAGCACCUCCAGCCCUAAAGGGGAGGCCUGCUGCCCCGUGGCUCAGUCCCAACCGCCUGAGCCAGCACAGUCCAUACCGAUAGAUUUCCGUAUCCCUGGACAGAUCGCAGAGGAGACGUCAGAGUUUAUUGAGUCUGAGCAGGGAAAAAACAACCACAUAUGUAUGGACAAUUAAGUCUUUAAUGUCUGAAAAUAAGAUUUUGAUCAUUCAGAUAUAAAAAAAAAAGAUCAUGAGUUAUUUCGGUGAAAACAUGUUAUAUUUCUAUACUGAAGGCUUUCCAAUGAGCAGCUCAGUUAAUUGAAACAACUUUAAAUGGUAUUUUGAAUCAUUGCACUUUGCCUCAUUAUUUUAGUUCUUUAACAGUCACAAGCAUACAAUUAAAUGCAGUUGUUUAAAAUCUAAAACUGUUGUUUUUGAACAGGGAAAUUACUGCUUUUUGAAAAUGGCAAAAAUGGCCUUCUACACAACCACUCAGCUCUGUACAGUAAAUGACCUCUAUGAUUAUGAUCGGUGUAACUAGUUAAAGCCUUUUUUAAAGAUAAAAACAACAUUAAUUAUAUAUGUUAUUUAUUAUUGUAUGUUUGAUUCUUUGAAGGUAACUGACUUAAUAUUGUUAGAAAAUUACUUUUAUCAGACAAUUAGGGAACUGAAACGAAUCACAUUAUUGUGCAGGGAAACCUUUGGUAUUAAGAAGUGAAGAUGAAACAGCUGUAUUUGUAACUGCCUAAUCAAUCAUUUUUGAGACUUCAUUUAGUUACUUUAUUGAGUAAUAUCCGAGAAAGCAGCAAUAAAAGCCACAAAAUUCUGAGAAGGUAUGGGAUUAAUGGAGGGAAAAGCACUUCUGUCACUAUUGUUCGGUAGCUGUGGUUUCAUCAGUGAAAAUGCGACCCUUAAACCCAAUGCCAAUCUGAUUAGAAUCGACUAGCAGACGUAACUUAUUGUGGCAUAACGCUUAUGGAAUUGCAACCCGUUGUAAUAACCAUUUUUUGUUCUUUCUUUGGUGCUUGUCCAAACACAUCUACUUACUUUGAUUUUCUAUAACGUAGAUCUUGAUCCGGUUUAGGACACAGGUUAAUUUGACAAGGGUCAAGGGUCACCCGGCUUUCUGCCAAGUGAUGUAUUUACCAGCGUAUUUAGAUACAGAUCUAAUAAAUCUGUAUUAUCUUGAUCCACUACAUUAUGUUUAAAUAUUAUUAUAUUCCUUUCAUUUGUUAAAUGUAUGCCAAAUUGUAUGUUACGUUUAGUAAAACUGUAAAAGUUUGAGUUGUGUGUAUCACUCAGAAUGCACAAUUUUAUUUUGAUUAGUGAGUGUAGAUAUUUAUUAUGAAUUUCCUUGCAAUGAGGCGAUUUUGAUAGGUAUGCUCCUCUUCUUUUUGUUUCUUAGUUUUGGAGAUUUUCUAUCCUGGGAGAAUACUUUUGAUUUAGUUUGACUAUCCUGCUCAUCAGGGUUUUUACAGUACCUCACAUGCAGGACAAAUCAAGGUUAUGUCGAUAAUCGAUAAUCUAUAUGUGGAAAUGUUUAAUAUGUAAUGUGGAUACAGGGUUUUUAAGAUAUUUUUUGAGUGACAAUGCCAAUCCAAAAUCAGUUUACCAAGCUUGAAAUCCUCUUUUCAUCACGUCUAAAUAAUCCCAAACUGUGAAUGAUGUUGUAUGUUUGUGUUAGGAUUUUCACUUGUUCAGAGAUUGUUUUUUUAAUGCUGUGAUAAAAAAUAAAUAAAAGAAUGAC